AUGGCUACCCAGUACACUCAGCUCCUAAUGGAGGAUGGCGUGGAUUUCUUCCCAGCAGACGUCUCAGAAAACGAGCGAACGUAUCCUGAAACCAUGGAGGAAUACGACACUUUUGAGUUAGAUGAACAAGACCUGGUGUUGGCCCAGGAGGCUGCGCGGCAACAAUUCAACAAGACUGAAGUACGCCCCAACAUGUAUUCUUUUGAUUGGUCAGACGCACAUGGUGCAUUGUGGGACAGAGUCAAACAGAAAAUCAUAACGAGGUUCGGCACACGAGGCGCUAGACUGGACAGAGUCAAAACGAAGGCGGUCUCGGUAGCUGGCGGCGGGGGAAUCAGAGCUAUGAAUGGAUCCAUCACAAUUGCUAUUCCGACACAAGAAGCCGGGUUCGAGACAGAAAUAUUGAUACAAGCCCUGCAACCACGAUGGGUUCCGAGAAAACCCUGGCGGCACAAUUUAUGUUACGCACUUCUACAACCCGGGACGGUAAUUGGAACACAGAAGGAUGAAAUCUCCAUGUUGCUUGCGACGUUCGAGCUUGAUGACAACUAG